UUUUUGUAUAGACUUUCUCGUACAUCUAUAAGCUAGCAAAUAUUUGAUCGGAGAAAUACAAAAAAAAACAUCAGUUUAGUUUGGGAGAAAUUUACAUCAGUUUAGAGCGUAAAAAGGAUAUUUAGUGAAAGAACGAUAUACAUCUGGAAUGGCUAAUGAAUAUUUGAUUCGGAAAUGGAGAGUCUGGUUUAAAUCUGUGGAUAGAGAGCAUACAGGACAGUUAACACAAAAGGAUGAAAAGCGAACCGAAGAAACUUUCCUGAAGCUAGGCCACUUGGAAGGUGAAGAGAAGGAAAAGGCGAUCAAAACUUCACAGAGUCAAUGGGACCAAUUCGUUUUCCAUGGCAAAUCAGGCCCUGUGACUGAAGCAGAGUUCAUUGAGUCAACAAACAAAAGCUUUAUGGCGGAUAAGAAACAAUUUGAGGACAUCAUGCGAAAAGCGUGUACUGAGAAUGCCACAGUCAUUGAUCCGGAAGGCAAGGGAUAUCUUACUGAAGAAGAAUACACAAAUAUUUACAAAGCCUUUGGGUUUAAUCACGAUGAGUGGCUGAAGUCAUUCUUUAAUGUGUUUGAUAAUGGAGACGGCAAGGCACAUACGGAUAGUAUAGUUGACGCAUGGGUACAUCUCCUUACUAGCGAGGAUGAUUCAAAGGCAGAUAUGUUGUUAGAAACACUGGAAAAAUGCCCUGAUUUGUAAAUAAAGACGAGAAACUGUCGCGCCUUUAAAGAAAUCUAGGCAACUGUGCGAGUUGCGCUUUUAACCUUUCUCAGUUAAAUAAUGGAUAUUAGCAGCAUGCAAUAUUGAUAGUAUUAUGUGUAGUAUAUUUUUCUAAACUCUAUCCUCUAUUGCAUUCUUAAUAAAAUUAUUCUUCUGUAUAAA